GCCUAUCGAUUAUCGAAUGAAAGUAACAACCUACCUGUUGUACCGCCCUGGCGGUAUGUCAGUUCAUAAAUUCGCUUCGGCAUUACAAAAUACCCGCAGAGUGCCAACGUCGCGUUUUCAGAUACUUAAAUACUGAAUCUCAAUCACCGGAAAUUAUCCACAGAAUAGAAUCUCCCUCAAAAUGUAUCCCUUCGGUUCUGGAAUGCCAUCGCACCCCCCUACCUCUACUAACCACCACGAGCCACCUCGGGCGCCCUUUGGAGCUGGUUGGGAGCCACCGAUGCAGCAGAACUCACCAUACCCACCACCCUCCCAGCCACACCCACAUCCGCACUCACAGCCAACGUCCCAUAUGCAUCCUCAGCAGCAUCAUCAAUAUCCAGGCGGAGCUCCUGCUCCCUAUCCACCCAUGUCGGCACCGUACCCAUCCGCCGUUCCAUCCUAUCCACCUUAUCCCAACUCGAAUCCAUAUCCGGCACAAUACGCUCCUCCAUCGCAUACCCAUUAUCAGCAGCCACCGGUUGCGAACAGUCCCUAUCCCACGAAUCGUGGAUACACACCGGCCAUGACAGCCGGAUAUGAUGCGGGCUAUGGCUACGGAAACGGACAAGGACAAGGACAAGGACAUGGACAUGGACAUGAUCAUGGGCAUGGAUAUGCACAUGGACAGGGAUAUGGGCAUGGACAGGGGCAUGGGAAUGGUCAGGGGCACGCGCAUCGGUCACUCCCAGCUCACAGAGAGGGAACUCCCACUGUGGUGCCUGCCGCAAUCUUCGAUGCCGUCAAGGAUGCCCACGACUUGCGCAAGGCAAUGAAGGGCUUUGGAACGGACGAGGACGCCCUGAUCAACAUCAUCUGCCGGCGAUCCAACGAGCAGCGCCAGGAGAUCCAGCGCCAGUUCAAGACUCACUUCGGCAAGGACCUCAUCGAGGACAUCAAGUCGGAGACGAGCGGCAACUUUGAGAAGCUCCUCGUCGGCCUGCUGCGUCCCAUCGUUGACUACUACUGCGCCGAGCUAAACGAUGCCAUGGCUGGCCUGGGCACCGACGAGGAGGUCCUCAUCGAGAUCCUCUGCACGCUGUCCAACAUGGAGAUCAAUACGAUCAAAAACCAGUACUUACGAUUGUACGGCGCCCAUUUGGAGUCCGAACUGAAGUCGGAGACGUCGGGCAACUUCAAGCGGCUGCUCACCUCGUUGUGCACGGCGGCGCGGGAUGAAAGUGGUCGCGUGGAUCUCGUGGCGGCCAAAAACGAUGCCAGGGAGCUCCUGAAGGCCGGGGAACUGCGCGUCGGUACCGAUGAGAGCAUGUUCAACAUGAUCCUCUGCCAGAGGAACUACCAACAAUUGAAACUGAUAUUCCAAGAGUACGAGGGCAUGACUGGCCACUCGCUGGAGAAGGCCAUCAAGAAGGAGUUCUCCGGCGAUGUGAUGGAGGGCCUGAUUGCCAUCUACAGGUGCGUCACCAACAAGGCCGAAUACUUUGCCUCGCGCCUGCACAAGGCGAUGGCCGGAAUCGGCACCAAUGACACCCAGUUGAUCCGUGUCAUCAUCACGCGCAGCGAGAUCGACAUGACGGACAUUAAGGUGGCCUUCGAACGUCUGUACGGCAAGUCCCUCAAGAGCUGGAUCAAGGGCGAUACUUCGGGCCACUACAAGCACGCCCUCUACGCCCUGGUGGGUGAACAGCGCUCCUCUUAAGAAUCUCCGCAUAUAUAUGUAUUAUUCAAACCAAAUCCGACGUGAAAUCAAUUAUUCGAAUAUGUAUUAUCUCCGCUAUGUAUUCGUUCAUUACAUGCAUACAACAUACACGCCAACGAAGCCAGACAAUUAUGAACCACAACAUAGACUAUAAGAGCUCACAAGUAAUACCUGAACGGGAUCAGACAUUUGAUACCUCCUUAAAGAAAUGAACCUGGGAACCUACGGUGUUUUAUUAAAAGACCUUUGUAUUUAAGCGCGUGCGCAAAGACAAUUAUUAUGGAAGUUCCUCUGGGAAGUCACUUGUUAAUCGUUUGAAACGACUAGAGCAACGAACGACGAACGGAGUUUCUCAUAUCCUAGCAAGUGACCUCGGAAAUGUUUGCAAUAAAAGCUAUGCUUUCUACCGACUUCGUCUCGACAGUGCCUCAAUGUGACUAUUGCCUUCUUCGAAAACAGCAUUUAAAACUGCAAUGACACACUAGAAUAUACACAUAUUGAACCGAUGGAUCGAUUGUAUUCACUUAUACACUAUAUACACAUACUCGUGUUUGUAAGCGGGUUUUUUAACUGCUAGUUCGCUCUCAAUGUAAUAAAUUAUGACAUAUGUAUGUGGCAAUCA